UUGCACAGACAUGACAACGAACACCAAGAAGAACGCCCUGAAGGAGUAGAAGAACAUGAGCUUCACGAAGGCGGCGACAACGAUCGACCUGAUGAAGCCGCUCGAGACGUCGAUGUUGGUGCUGGAAUGUUCGUUUUUGCCGAUGAGGGAGCACCGUCUGAUGACGAAGAGCUUGGAGAGGACGACAGGAUGGGAUUACAUUGGCUAAAUGCCAUUCUUGGCUUUGAAAGGGACCGCGUACAAGCGCGACUGCGCCAACGUCGAGCACGCGAACCCGAAAGAACUGAGCAUGUGGAAUCUGAGACCUCCAGUAAUGACAGUAGUAGUGAUACAUCUUCAAAUGCGGAUGAAGCGGAAGAGCACGAAGCUGAACAUCCACUUGAAUCAGGCAAUAAUGAAGGAGAAAAUGCGGAAGCAGCUGUAUCCGAACAAUCGACUGAGUUGGAUUCAAAUGUUAAUGAUAGGGAUUCCAACACGCAGAGAACUGAAGAAGCUAAAGGUGAAGCCGCUGCGCAGGGUGAUGUUCAGCUACGCGAAACCUUGGAUAAUGAAGCCCCUGAUCAUGAUGAUUCAACGCAAGGCAAGCCUCUCGGUGAAACUGAUACUUCUUCCACUGCUUAA